AGUUUUGAAUCUUGCUUGAACAGUCGCUAAGAUUAUUUGGUUGUGAUCUUUGUAAAAUAACUAUUUUGGAUGCAGCAGUUGUUAGCUAGAAUGCUAACGCUCGUUGACAGGCUGUAGCAAAGGCUAGCCAAAGAGCCAUUUUGCUGGUUGAAGUUGAAGUGUUUUUUAAAAAGUAUAAUGCAGUUGAUUUGCGAUGAUGACACAAGCAAGACAUUCAUACAAGGCUUAAAAUCAAAUUAUAACAAAAAGUAGUAUGAAAUGCACUCAUAAGCAACAUGUAAAUAUUGGCUCUUUCCCCUGUGUCCUAUAAGAACUUGCCCUUGUUCUGUCAUCAAUUUACGCGCAUCGCCAUCGUGUGGCAAUGUGUGCAAACACAGAAAAGGGUCUAUAGACACCUUUCCAGUGACGUCAUAUCAUACUAUCCUCUCUCAGCCAGCGCUCCAACCAGCAGCCGAGGAUUGGCCAAUGGCCUGAUAGCGUGAGCUCUGCUCACCGAUGUGUUGUUCUUGAUUGGACGGUUCAGAUACAGAGAGGGCGGGACACCAAACCUGCGAACCCGAGUUUGUACCUAUCUCAUUAUCAUAAAAUAUUUAGCGUCCCUUAACCAUCUGACAUGUCGGGUGGAAUAAUUGUUAUGGUUUUUAAUACUUUUCUUUUGGAUUAACGGAUAUUUAUAUAUAUUCAAUAUUACUGGGGCUACGAUUUGCUAAAGUAACUGAAAUAGGAUGCUCAAGUCUACGCCAGUAAAUAUAAUAUUUGUUCUUUUUGAAAUAAUAAUUGCUGAACUGUGAUGAGAUUUUAUUGGACAAUUGAUUCUAUUUCAUGAUCUUGGCUACUUUUUGUUUUUGCGAUUUAGUUUCAGGUUAUAGGUUAGGAAACAUUCUGAACAGUGGUAAUUUAUUGAAUGAGUUAGCCUAUUCAGUUCAAGUAGCCUAGUAUAAUAAUUUAAUAAAGAUGUGGACUUUUCUUGGAAUUGCAAGUUUCACCUACAUUUAUAAGAAAUGCGACACAGUUUUGGAGUAUGCUCACAAAGAGAUAAUCCUGGCGGCUGUAGUGUUCUUGGCAGUGGGGAUGCUGCUAUCCUAUGUCAGGUAUCACGGACAUACAUUCAAGGUACCCCAAAUUCUACAAUUACCGCUGGAACUUUUAUUAUCCCUACCGGUCAUCAAUACAUUUAUACCGAAACCCUCAGCUGUCAGGCACAGGAGUGGAGAGAGCGGUUCAAAGAAGGGAGGUGGCAGGAGGAAAAGAGUGUGUUCCUCAGGCAUGGAGAGCCCCCCAGCAGCAGGGGACUCUGCUGCAUCUCAGGAGCCGGAUGUGAUCAUAGUAGGAGCGGGAGUCCUGGGGUCGGCCAUGGCUGCAGUGCUGGCCCGGGACGGCCGGAGGGUCACUGUGAUAGAGAGGGACCUGAAGGAGCCUGACAGGAUAGUGGGAGAGCUGCUGCAGCCUGGUGGAUACAGGGCCCUGCGAGAACUGGGAAUGGAGGGUUCAGUGGAGGGGCUGGAUGCCCACGUGGUGAACGGCUAUGUGAUUCAUGACAUCGAGAGCAGCACAGAGGUGGAGAUCCCAUAUCCCCAGGCAGACAGCAGUAUCCAGUGUGGCAGGGCCUUUCACCACGGACGCUUUAUCAUGGGCCUGCGCAGAGCCGCCCUCGCUGAGCCAAAUGUUACGCUCAUAGAAGGCACCGUGUCCAGCCUGGAGGAAGAGGAUGGCUGUGUGACAGGAGUGCAGUACAGGGACAAGGAGACAGGAGACACAAAGGAGGUCCAUGCAGCAGUAACUGUAGUAGCUGACGGCUGUUUCUCAAAGUUCAGGAAGAGCCUGGUAGCUGGGAAGGCCCAGACCUCCUCUCACUUUGUUGGAUGUAUCAUGAAGAACUCUCCCCAGUUCAAGCCCCACCAUGCUGAGCUGGUCCUGGCCAACCCCAGCCCUGUCCUCAUCUACCAGAUCUCCUCCUCAGACACCAGGGUGCUGGUGGACAUCAGGGGAGAGAUGCCCAGGAACCUCACCGAGUACAUGGCUGAGAAAAUACACCCACAACUACCAGAACACCUAAAAGAGCCGUUCAUGGUGGCUCUGCAGAACGACCGGCUGAGGUCUAUGCCAGCAAGCUUCCUGCCUCCGUCCCCAGUCAACAAGCCAGGUGUGCUCCUGCUGGGUGACGCCUACAACAUGAGACACCCUCUGACCGGAGGAGGGAUGAGUGUGGCCCUCAACGACGUCCUGAUCUGGAGGAGCCUGAUGAAGAACAUCCCUGACCUGUACGACAACAUAGCCAUGCUCCAGGCAAAGAAAAAAUUCCACUGGGAACGCAAGUCAUCACAUUCCUUUGUGGUGAAUGUGUUGGCUCAAGCCCUGUACGAGUUGUUUUCUGCAACCGACAAUUCUCUCCACCAGCUGAGAAAGGCAUGCUUCCUUUACUUCAAGCUGGGUGGGGAGUGUGUCAACGGUCCCAUUGGUCUUCUCUCAGUGUUGACGCCCAGUCCGAUGACUCUGAUUGGACACUUCUUUGCCGUGGCCUUGUACGCCAUCUACUACAGCUUCAAGUCUGAGUCGUGGUUCACCAAACCCCGAGCCUUAUUCACGAGUGGAGCUAUCCUGUACCGCGCCUGUACCGUCAUGUUUCCCCUCAUCUACUCUGAGUUCAAGUACCUGGUGUACUGAGCAGUGAUCUAACCUGAGCCCUAACCCAGUGGAACGCACACCAGCCUUAGACAACAGGGUCGUAUUCAGUAGUGCACAAAUGUAGCAAAACAUUUUGCAAUGGAAUACGAAGAAGUUCAGGUUGUCUCCUACACUGUUUCUGCCUGUUUUCUUCAUUUAGUUUCUUGUGAAUAUGUUUACUGAGCAGUGCCAUCACUGACCCCUGGUGGAGAAUACUCACACCUUAUGUUGACAUGACAUAAACAGUAUAGUGACCUAAAGAUGCACUAUGAAAGUGUAGUUAACUGUCAAGUCAUUUUGGCUGUAUGUAUGAUUUAUAUGAAACCACUUAGUUUUAGGCCAACAAUGUAUGCUUUUACUCGUUAGGUGUGGGGAGGCAUGCCACUUUCUGGACAAUGUUUGUCCAUUUAGGCCAGGGAUCCCUUUUGUCUCAAGCGCACCCUUAGAGGCAAAAGAUCUGUAUAGCCUCUUUAAUAUUACACCAUCCUAUAAUCACUAUCAACAGGGAUGCCGUACAGGUCUCUAAUGUGACCAUUAUUCAGUGCUGAAGCCUUUGACCAUAUGCCUUUGUCUGCUCAAUGAUAAGACGUCUUCUGAGGACGAGGUCAAUGCUUUAGUAAUGCCUUGUAUAUUCAGAAUUUACAUCACAACCAUGCAUUUACGUAGUGUAACAGAGGUUUGCGUGAGCAACUCUUAAUGGCAAAUUUGACCAAAUAACCAGCUGAAUAUACAGUAGGACUGACUACAGGUGUCUGUCUAACCACUUUGCUGCUAAUUGAACAUGAGAACAAAAAAUGUCCGUCCUGCUUGUAAACUACUGUGGUUGUCUUCUAUUUCUCUUCAUGCCAAUGACUUAUUUCAACACUUAGUUGUUUCCACCACACAAAGCUGAGUGUGAAUGACAGCUCAAACACAGUUGGAUGUUUGUCUACCCUUAUUCCAAACGGUGUCCUUAUUUUGUUCUGAAAAAGUAUGGAUCCUUGUACAUUUACAAUCAAAUGAUAAUGUAUUAAACGGUUUGAUUGGUUCAAGUCAGAUCACCUGUCCUUAACUUUUGCCAAGUUAUAGAUUUCCUGCCUCAAAGGAUUUUUAUACAUUGUGACAAGGGAUUUCCCCCCACAUCUCUAGUACUUGUUUAAAAAGUAAUUCUUCAGCUGUGAACACCUGCUGGAAUAAAAGCGUGACUUAAUGCCUGAGGAUUGGAGUGUCUAGAAACCACAAGUGACACCCAUUCACCCUCCUGUGUGCCUGGAGGAGGGGAGGGUUGCAACACAAAGAGCACAGAGCUGGGAGCUGAAUCAGGACCUGACCAAUGGUCCACUGCGCCAUCCAUCGCUUCAGCAUUUAGGAAGGAAUUCAUGACAGAAUUUUACACGGUUGGUGAAAAUAUUUACUUGUAAUUGUAUUGUGUUUAAUAAAUGAGCAAUUAUGCAGUUACAUUUC